GAUCAGAUCUACCUGUGAUACUAAUUUAGAAAGCCUUAUUGAUUGCGGCUUUGUUCCUGUCAUGUGUUUUCCGUUUUAACCAAGUAAAAAUUAACGUUCCAAAUAUGUACACAAAGAAAAAUCAGCGUCUGAUUUUGGAAUUUCUCCAAAUUAUUUUUCACUUUUGAGGUCAUAUGAUUAAUUUAUUGAAAAAGUUUGUCAGUUUUGAAGGUAAAUCGUUGUGAGCUUCCAAUCCACGUGAUUCAGAUUGCUUUGUCUAUAUCAGUGAGCUAAUAAAGUGGACAUUGCUUACAAAGGAAUUAGUCAGAGACUUUCUGUUGUAUAUAACGCAUAUUACUUAUAAGACGGGAAAUUUGAAAGGAUUUUUCAUUUUUAAAUAUACUUAUGAUCGAUCAGCUGUUUUUGUUUACAUGAAGACAUUUAAAUCUAUUUUUGUACACAAAGAAGAUCUAUUAUCAAAAUGCGAAAAAUAUAUAUAACACGACAAAAACAUUUAUAUUCCAUGGGAAAGAAGACAGUGGUGCAUUCAUAAUGGAUACAAUUGAACAUUAAUUGGCGACAAAGAUUAUCAACAUAUUGAAACAGUUUCUAUAAAAUAAAUAUUUAAUGGCAGAAAAGGGAGAGAAGCGAUCUGGCACGAACACAUUGACAGGUGAAAAACAAAAGAAAACACUCAUCACACGACGAAAGAUGGAUAAAAAUACACGAAGAUAUUUCAUCACACUACUGGAUACAAAUCCUGAUAAUUUUUUACAAGAACUGUCGUCUGGAAUAAAAGCCAAUUCAAACGAAAAAGUUCGCGAACUGCUCUCUAUAAUGGAAGGCAAAUGUAGUCCUUUACACUGCAUGAAGCAAUACCGCGAAGGUGAAGAUGAAAGCGAGACUUUACUUCAUAUGGCCGUAAAAUACGAAGAUGAUUUUGAUAUUAUAAACAGAAUAAUUAAUAUAUGUCCAGACUUACUGUCUCUGGCAAGGGAAACGUCCGAAAACUACAAAGGACAAACACCACUUCACAUUGCUAUAACGAGAGGCGAUGAUAAGGUAACAGAAUUAUUGCUUUCGUCGUCGGGUUUAGAAUCGGAGAGAAAGCAGUUUUCAAACCGGACGAAAUUGACUAUGAUCAAUACACCGGCAGUUGGCAGAAUAUUUGCUAAUACGGUAAUGAUGGGAGAACUACCAUUAAGUGUUGCGGCUUUGACUUUUAACGAGAACAUCGUGGAUCUCUUGUUGGAACAUGGGGCUAAUAUGCAUGCUCAAAACAGUUGUGGGGACACUGUUUUACAUUCUCUGGUAAAAUACUCUGCUGUUUAUCCAAACAAAACCGACAAUGUUAUUAGCAUGUUUACAUACCUCAUCGAGAGAAUGAGAGAGAAUAAUUCAAGUCAAGGUCGAUACCAAGGCAUGGACACCGACAUCUUCUUAAAAGAAGAUUCAUAUAUCUGGUUUUUGGAAAACGACGACUAUCUGACACCAUUGCAACUGUCCGCUAAACUAGGAGUUGUUGAAAUUUUCCAAUUCAUAAUUAAACUUGAAAACGUCUAUUCAUUUGUAAGCACACAUGACGGACUGUUUGACGUAAAAUUGUAUGACAUCACUGAAAUUGAUACGGUUGCUAAUCAUCAUGUGGCAUCGACUACAACUGCAAACGAAGGUUACGGAAGCAAAAAGGUUUCCAGAAAUAUUGACGGUGUUUCUCGUACAAGUAUCAAGUCAAAAACGAAUUGCAACCCUUUUAAAUGUAGCCAGUUUGAUUAUCCAGAAACUGAAUCGAUUUUAGAAAUGAUGUUUGAUUUCGACUACCAGAGUCAUUCUGCCUUCAGAAUAAUUGAAACCAUACCAGUAAAGAAUAUCAUUCUUGAAAAAUGGCAGAAAUUAAGGUAUAUUUAUUUCAUAUGGGGCUUUCUGCAUGUAUUAAUGACCGUGUUUUUAACUAUGGAAAUAGUCAUCAGGUCUGAGUUAUAUGCCCUCAAAACUGCCUCAAACACAACUACACUCGAAAUUCAUGUUCCGGCUGCAUCUAGAACGUUUGCUGAAUUUGUAUCCUGGAUGAGUGUCGUUCUUGGUGGUGGAGUCUAUUGCUUAAUGGUCCUUUUGUUGCUGAUUGCUAAGGCAAGGCGACCGAAUACGCUUCGAUAUAUUUUUCACAACUUAGGAUACGUAUUCUUUUUAAUUGCGUUUUCUGUAAGUUUAUUUGUUGACUUCUUCAUGACAAGAACCAAAAACACACACGACAAUAUUGCUUUAAUACUAGCCGUUAUUGCUGGUUGGUGGUUUUCCGUAUUUUUCUUACGUGCUAUCCGGCUAUUUAGUUUUUUCACAGAAAUGAUCCGAAGAGUCAUUAUAGGAGAUCUUUUGCGAUUUUCAGUCAUUAUUUCGUUUAUGUUGUUUGCAUUUACAGCAGGCAUGUAUGCCGUUUUUGUCGGUGAGAUGAGCUUAGAUCAGCAAACUUCUGCAUACGAGGAAGCUGUUACUGAACACUUUAGUAGUUUUGGAGGUGCCAUGUUAACAAUGUUUAAGCUAAUGUUAGGUUUGGAUGAUUUUGGAGUUUUAAAUCAAGCCAGAAUCCCAGGUUUAGCAAUAGCUCUUUACAUAGUGUUUGCACUGCUUACUUAUGUUCUAUUAAUAAAUUCACUUAUAGCAAUGAUGUCACAGACAUGUGCAGUGGUUCUUGAAGAUAGAUACCCACAAUGGCGACUGCAACAACUUUCGGUUGUCUUGUUCCUAGAAGAUCUCUUUUGUUUAUCUUGCAUUCGACAUAUAUUUGGAUCCCCGGGAACAGAGAAAGAAAUCCGCGGAUUUGACCCAGUUUCAAAGCAAAAUAAAAUUUACAGUCGAUACUUUUUAAAAAUACAUUCGUUACAAACAACAUAUGCUUCAGAGGAAGACCGAGAAGCAAUGAAAAAGACAGUGAAAGAAAAAGAGCCAAUCAGAAUGGAAGGAUCGUUGCGGUCUGAUCAAGGAACAUUCAAUUAUCUUUUGAAUACAGGAUAUGCACCUUCCAUUCGUAGACGAACAACAAGUAGAAUGAAACGACCUGAAAUAGAAACGCCAUCUAUAAUCAUUGAUGAUGGAACUGGUAUACAGCGAAAGAAAUCAGCGAGAAAAAAUAAGCAGCUCAGUAGAGUGUUAGAAGAGGAAAUAAUUAUAAAACAGUCGGCUACAAAGUUAGGUUCUGAACCAGAUUUGAUUAAAUCAGAAAAAUCACCUCAGAGCAGAAGGCGUAGAUACCAUUCGGAAAACAUGCAUGAAAAGGAAAAUAGAAAAUCUCCGUCUGUUGCUUCAGCGGCGAGUGAAUAUACGCGAUCAGAUGGACUACUUACUCCCGUCGAAAAUAAAAUGCAUGUUCAUGAUCACUUUUACAGUUGCCCUGAAAGAAAAGAACUUUUUAUACCAAAUGGAUAUCCUCACGUUGAUAUAGAGCCAUACCCUAAUGCAAGUGCAUAAAUCAUACGAUUAAUAUAAAUGAAAGAUUUUAGGCAUUGUUAAGAUUAACGGAGCCAGUAAUUAAAGUACGUAACAGACAUUUGUUAUUGGUUUUCUGAAAUUUAUGUAAAUGAGCAAAUAUAUAAAUGCCUGUUAGGCUCCGACCAUAUCUUUUAUGGGGGGAUGUUAUUUUUUAAUAAUUUGUUUAAUUCUAAAUUUCUUUAAAAAAUAUUUAUUUUCAGAAGGGAAGUGGAAAUUCGGAAAAAUAAAUGAAAACAACAUUGAGUUGUAAAUAUUGUUCUUGUUCCUGUAUGUUAUUCAAAAAAUAGUUUGUUUUGACAUAAAGUCGAAAAAUUGUUCAUCCCGAGAACAAAACACAUGCCCUACUCUGGCCCCUCAAUAAAAAUGAUAGUUGGGUGCUUUAAAAUAAUUAACAUGUAAAAACUGUUUUGAGAUAUCCGACAUAAAUUAUCGGGUGCAUACAUUUUUAAUCAUAAAAGACUGUAACAUAGCAAUCAAUUACAAAAUGGCUUAUUUUCAUUCAUAUUUGACAUUCUUGAGAUCAUUUCACAUUUAUUUUCAGAAUUUGAUAUAUAUUUGAAAUUAUUCUUUUUAGAUUUGUUUUUCUUUUAAUAAUCUUAAUUUUGUUUACAAGUUCCCUACCUACAGUAUGCACACAUCCAUAUAUAUGUAGUAACGUAUAUUAGAAUGCAUUUACGAUAAAUCUUAAACAGUUGACAAGGCCAGUGCAGCUGUUGCCUAUAUUUUUAGGCACUAUACGUUAUUUAUUCAUUCAGCUAGUCCGUUUAGUUCCACUUGAAUGUUUGCAUUUUGUCUAUUUAAUUUAAAAAGGAAAAGGUACGCAGAACCUGUUCAGUAAUUGAGGUGAAUUUUGUGAUAUAAAACACUAAAUUUUACAUUGGUUGUCUCCAUACAUUUUAGAAGACGUUUAAAGUGCAUGUGCAUUUGUUUUUGUUUUAAUUUGUUUUGUUUUGUUUUUUGUUUUGUUUUGUUUUUUGUUUCUUAAUGACGCUUUUAUCUAUUUGUUACACCUGAUGUAACAAAAUAAGAUAUGACUAGAUUGGUGCAUAGAACUAGUAGAAUAUUUUGUAACAUUUAAUUCAUGAAUGAUUUUAUUAUUGUCAAGAAUUUUGUAGUCUUAUAACAUUAUACGUAUAGCGCUAACAUAUUAGUGCUCGUUUGUAAGAUAUCUCAAGGAUUAUUUAUUUUUAUCCGGAAUAGUUUUGACAUGAGCAUAUCUUUUUUGUAAUGCUUUCAUAUUUGAUAAUGACUUGUUAUAAAAUCAGUUUUCUUAAUUCUCAGUAUUAACUACCUUUUCGUGGAACAGUUUAAUUGCAAAAUUUUAGUUAUUUUUCAUACUUAGACUUUGAUAAUUCUUUGUUAAAAGGAUUAGUUUGGCUGAAUGCCGUUUGCAAAUUACUAAUAGUAUAUAAAUUAAAUCUGAGGUUGACUUGGGUCCUUUCAUUCCUUUGUUGAUAAAGCUAAAUAAUCAAUAAGGUUAUUUAAAUUUUACAAGUAUUUUGGAUCAAAAGCAAACAUGUGUAUGUGUAUGAUAUGUGACUGUAUUUGAUGAGUUGAUUGUUAGACACUACAUGUUCAAUGGCAAACAUUGCAGCCAUAUUCAGUAUUAAAAUAAACUCAACAUUGGUUAAACUUAAUUCACUGAAAUUGAUAUGUACGAAAAACUUAAGAUGCAUAAUAUUUUGAUACGAAACUGAUUCUGAAAGACCGAUCUUCCUUAAUUUGUAACAUAUUUUCCUUCUGAAAAACGUUGGCCAUAUCCUUCGACCAAAACAAAUUUGUUAUACAAAGCAUUAUGUGGGUCAGACACACAUCCUUACAAAAUAAUCAUGUUUCCAAUGUCAUUUGAAGCAAAAACUAUUUAAAUUAUCCAAAAGGUAGUCAAAAUGAUGAUUUUUCUUCUUGACCGUGCAUAUUAUUACAUGUCAUAAUGACCUUAUUUUUUACAGAAAUAAAGAAAUGUAAAAGUUCUUGAUUCCCAAAUCCUUUAUACAACACUUUUCAAGUUUACAUACAAUAUUUAGGAAGCAAACUUAACAAACAAGGUGAGUUUAUAUCAGCAAACUUCUGCAUACGAGGAAGCUAUAACUGAACACUUUAGUAGUUUUGGAGGUGCUAUAGUUGUUGUGGAGGUGCUAUGUUAACUAUGUUUAAGCUAAUGUUAGGUUUGGAUGAUUUUGGAGUUUUAAUUCAAGCCAGAAUCCCAGGUUUAGCAAUAGCGCUUUACAUAGUGUUUGCAUUGCUUACUUAUGUUUUAUUAAUAAAUUCACUUAUAGCCAUGAUUUUACAGACAUGUGCAGUGGUUCUUGAAGAUAGAUACCCACAAUGGCGACUGCAACAACUUUCGGUUGUCUUUUCCCUAGAAGAUCUCUUUUGUUUAUCUUGCAUUCGACAUAUAUUUUGAUACCCAGGAACAGAGAAAGAAAUCCGCGGAUUUGACUCAGUUUCAAAGCAAAAUAAAAUUUACAGUCGAUACUUUUUUAAACUACAUUCGUUACAAACAACAUAAUUAUGCUUCAGAGAAAGAUCGAGAAGCAAUGAAAAAGACAGUGAAAAAAAGAGCCAAUCAGAAUGGAAGGAUCGUUACGGUCUGAUCAAGGAACAUUCAAUUAUCUUUUGAAUACAGGAUAUGCACCGUCUCUUCAUAGACGAACAACAAGUAGAAUGAAAUCUUGAUUCCCAAAUCCGUUAUACAACAAUUUUCAAGUUUACAUACAACAUUUAGGAAGCAAACUUUACAAGCAAUUGGGAUUGGCAAUUUUGUCACACGUCUUAUUUCAAAUGUUUUAAUUGGUCUAAUUGUAUGAUAUUUUGAAAUAUCAAAGAUUUCCUCCCGCCAAGCCGGUUUGUGUGAAAAAGUAGUUUUAGCAAAAAAAGUCAUAUACGACCGUUUGGAAGCCCAGCGACGAUAAGUUUUCUAAACAUUCAGAACUUGUUGAUUUUGUAUUUGCAAAAUACUUUUACAUAUUUUGUUAGUGUUUACUAUUACUAAUGAAGUUGAAUUACACGGAAUUAUAGGACCAAUAUUGACCCUUCGUGAACCUACUAUCUUUUCUAUUUGAAAUAUAGUACACUAAAUGUGUAACUUUCAAGCCAAGUUUGGUGUGUCAGGCUCAGACCUGAGGUCUUUCAUUAAAUUAUCUUACGGGAUAUUAAGUUGCUUGAUGAGGAAAAUCCCUAUGCAACAAAAAAAAAAAGUACAUGUACCACUAAGAUCACUAAGAAAACUGUAUUUCCAUUGUGCUUUACUUGUGACUCAACACACCCGCUACAUUUGGAAUUUAGUUAAUUAUGUCAUGAUAUGCUAACAUUAAGAGAGAGAGAAAGAGAGAGAGAGAGAGAUAGAGAGAGAGAGAGAGAGUUAUUGUAAUUCAUUAUGAAAUGUAGAUAUAUGCAUAUCAGCAAUGCCGAUUGUAUGUGUUUAUAAAGAGUAUUGUAUGUGUUUAUAAAGAUUUACAUGUUAUGAAUCAAAUAAUAGUGCAACAGGGUACGAAUAGGAAUAUAUUUAUCGAACCUUACUCGCCAAAGUUUAUUUUCGGACUAGGUAAAAGUUGUAAUUUUUAUGAGUUAAUUUGAAUAUGUAAUUAUUGGAAACAGAUGUUCUGAUAAUUAGACGGCUUUUUUUGUCGCAGUAUAAGUGUUGGGGGUGUUAAGGUGUUAAGGCCAGUAAUAAGUCCAUAAUCUAGUGGUUCCAAAAUUUAACAAACAAAAUCAAAUUAAAUAUACUGUUGCUGAAAAGAAAGCGAAAUUUAUAUAUCCCAAUAUCGCUUCUUCUACAUCUUUUAACUCCCCGAUGGAUGUGGACAUUUUUAGCACAUACACGAAACUUGUUUUCUUUCCGUCAAUUGAACAGCACGGAAGAAUGUGAAUCGAAAUUUUAAUCCUCUCCUGUGUCUCAAACAUUCAUUCGAAACUAUUUAGAAUUAACUGCGAAGUUUUAAAACGUUGCCAUUGUAUGAUAGUUUCUACCAUUUUCAUAUACAUAUUUAGUGGAGAUUUUACAGUGCAUUUUACUUCUCUACCUAUACGACUGUGAUUUGCUCUGCGUUAAGUUUAUUUUUUAGAAAUUUAUUCAUUCAGUAUUUGUUAGAGAACUGUAUAAUACUAUAUCAGUAUUUUUGUAUUUGUAAAAUUGUGUGCCAAAUUGUUGCAUUGUUCACCAUUUUAGUUGAAGAUAAAAUUAUGUACAAUUCU